AUGCCCAAGUCUCUAAAACUCGAGAGAUGUCUGCCGUCGACGUCGUCUGCGUCUGGCGUUCUGUUGCCUGACCACUACAUCGAGAAUGAUCCAAUCAUACAAACAAUUCUUGAAUUCAAGGAAUCAGAAUGCAAAUUGUCCAGACAUGAGAAAUUGGUGAAGCUAUCCAGUAAAUCCUCUUGUCAGGUUUCAACUUGCCAAUGUAGUGGAUGGCGAGGUAGGCGUGAUAAUCGUUUGAUGUCUUCAACUUGCACAAAAUCUGGUUGUAGCCAUCCUCUAUCUUCUCAUGUAUCUCAUUUAGAAAGUGCCAAGGAUGAAGAGUUAAACACCUUAUUAGGAUUAGUAUUUGAUCUCGAUAAUCUWUCAGUCACUGUAAAUAAAGAUUUAAAAAAACCAAAUAUUGAGAGAAAUUACGUGCAAGAAGACACUUAUAAUGCAGUUUAUCAUGAAUUACGAAAUUUUGUAUAUCCAGGAUCUUGUAUUACACUUGAUAAAUUAUUUGGAACUCCACCAUUUGAAAAUCCAAACAUAGUUAAAGCUUUAAUGAAUUUUAACAUGUAUAAAUUUGGUCAUGACAGUUCUCAACUUAAAAUAGCUUUAAAGAUCAGUAAAUUUUUAACAAAACAUUUUGAUCUUUGGAAAUGGAUUUCUCCUAAAGAAUUACCACAUUGUAAAACGUUUCAACACAGGAAAAAUUAUGAGUUCUAUUAUCAAAGAUAUUUAGUAUUUUGUCUAUUACCCAAAUAUCUUCAUUCAAUUGCACCAAGUUUUAAAAUGAGUUUGAUAUUUGGUCAAGACAUUCUUAAAUACACAUUAAAAGCAUUUAGAAUGCAUUUAACAGACUGGUGUCAUGCAUCAGCUCCAAAAUGGUCAAAUCAUCGAAAACACUUUUGCAUGAGCUAUUUGCCUAAAUAUAUGAAUUUACUAGAAGAAGAAGUGUAUGCUGUUCAUUCACCAAUUUGGGAUUUACAUUUUAAAGAUUCUGAUUUAAAAAAAAUUAUUUUAACUGAUUCUUUAGACUCUGGGUUAGAUGAAACCAAGGAAGCAGAACAUAGAGAUCGUAGGAAAAAAGAUAAACAUCCGAAUGAGGACAUGUCAAUGAAACCAAAUGAAAAACAUAGUCUCGAAGAUGCUUUAUCUGAAGAAAAAAUCAUAGACAUUCUAAAAAAUGUCCAAAGUGGGCCUAUCACUUACUCUAAGGAAUUUGGAUUAGAAACUGGACCUCGAGGACAUCAAGCUCGAACGGAAGAAGAGCAAGGAAUUAUACGAUUUGUGGUUAUUGGUAAUUCAUUAGAUUCAAGAGUUGAAAAAAGUACUAUGUUGUGGCUUAUGCAACUAAGAAAUUUGUUUAGAACUCAGUUGCCAAGAAUGCCAGUUAGAUACAUUACUCGAUUAGUAUUUGAUACGAAGCACAAAACACUAGCUUUGUUGAAAGAUGGCGUUCCAAUUGGUGGUAUUUGUUUUUGUCCAUUUGUAUCUCAAGGUUUUACAGAAAUUGUGUUUUGUGCUGUCAAAGUUGAUCAACAAGAAAAUGGAUAUGGAACACAACUAAUGAAUCAUUUAAAGGAUUAUCAUAUUCAACAUAAUAUACUUAAUUUUCUUACUUAUGCUGAUAAACUUGCAAUUGAAUAUUUUAAGAAGCAAGGGUUUAGCCAAGAUGUGAGAAUAUCGAAGAAAAUACAUCAAGAAUAUAUUAAACAUUAUCAGGGUGCAAUAUUGAUGCAUUGUGAGCUAAACCCAAAAAUUAUUUAUACUCAAUUAACAUCAGUGAUACGUAUACAAAAAGAAAUAGUUAAGAGUCUGGUGGAAGAAAAACAUAUGAAAAUAGAAAGGCAUUACCCAGGCCUAACAUGUUUCUUAGAUGGUGUACGUAUGGUCACAAUUGAAUCAAUACCCGGUGUUAUGGAUACUGGCUGGACACCAUCAACUCGGGCUACAAGAAAUAGCCGUGUCACGGAAGAAACAACCGAUAUUGAUGUUUUGGCUAAACACCUAAAAAAAGUUUUGCAAUUUGUAAAAAACAAUGCGUUGUCUGAACCAUUUUUGAAUCCAGUUGAUAAAAAAGUUCCUGGUUACUAUGAGCUUAUUAAGUAUCCUAUGGACUUAAGUACAAUUGGUAAACGAUUGGCUUCAGGCUACUAUGUAACUAGAAAGUUGUUUAUUGCUGAUAUGAGACGAAUGUUUAGCAAUUGUAAAACGUUUAACCCAGAAGAUUCAUAUUGGGCAAACUGUGCAGUUGAAUUGGAAAGACUUUUCCAGAUUAAAAUGAAAGAAAUGGGACUCUGGGAUUACUAAAUUUAGUUUUAUUUAUUAAUUUUUGUAUUUUGUAUGACAUAUAUGCAUAAUUGUAUAACUUCUUUUAGUAGAUUAUUUAAAAAAAAAAUAUCAUCAAACAUUUAAAGGUUAUUUUAAUUUUAA